AUGUGUUUAGGUUCUGUAUUUUUUAUUUCAACUGUGUAUCCUGCUUUCAUGGCUUGGAUGACUUAUAUUUCCCACUGGUUUGAUGAAGAUGAUUGGUAUGAAGGACAACAAAGAGCAAAAAUGUCACAUGUGAAACAAGUGGGACUUUUAGCUGCUGGAUGUCAGCCAUGGAACAAGGAUAUAUGUGCUGCUAGUGGGGACAGAUUUGCCUACUGUGCUACACUCGCUGUUUAUAUUUAUCAGCUGGAUCACCGAUACAAUGAAUUCAAGCUCCAUGCGAUUAUGUCUGAGCAUAAGAAGACAAUCACAGCCAUAUCUUGGUGUCCCCACAAUCCUGACGUGUUUGCAAGUGCCAGUGCAGAUAGUUUAGUGAUCAUUUGGAAUGUGAAUGAACAGAAAGUUGUGGCCAAGCUGGAAAAUACAAAAGGAAUUCCUGCAUCCCUUGGCUGGUGCUGGAAUGCAGGUGAUGCAGUUGCAUUUGUGUCCCACAGAGGUCCUCUGUACAUUUGGACUAUCUCAGGACCUGACAGCGGGGUAACUGUGCACAGAGAAGCACAUAGUUUCUUGUCAGAUAUCAGUCUGUUUAGAUGGCAUCCAAAGAAAAAAGGAAAGGUGGUAUUUGGACAUAUUGAUGGAAGCCUAUCUCUUUUUCAACCAGGUUCUAAAAAUCAGAAACAUGUGUUAAGACCAGAGUCUCUUGAAGGAACAGAUGAAGAAGAUCCAGUUACAGCUCUGGAGUGGGACCCUUUGUCAAAUGAUUACCUUCUUGUGGCUAAUUUACAUAAUGGUGUUCGACUUGUUGAUUCUGAAUCUCUGUCCUGUAUCACAACUUUCAGUUUUCCCAGUGCAGCAGCAUCUGUUCAGUGUUUAGCCUGGGUUUCUAGUGCACCUGGAAUGUUUAUAACUGGAGAUUCUCAGGUUGGUGUGUUACGUGUUUGGAAUGUUUCACGUACAACACCUGUAGAUAAUUUUAAAUUGAAGCAGACUGGUUUUCAUGGCUUGCAUGUGCUAAGUUCUCCUCCAAAGAAAAAGUCAUGUUCAUCACAGUAUCCUACUAAAAAUCACCAUACAUCUUCAACAAGUGAGGCUGUUCCUCCUCCAACUUUAACUCAAAACCAAGCAUUUUCUCUUCCUCCUGGUCAUACCGUCUGUUGCUUCAUGGAUGGUGGAGUGGGCCUUUAUGACAUGGGAGCCAAAAAGUGGGAUUUCCUUAGAGAUUUGGGACAUGUUGAGACCAUCUUUGAUUGCAAAUUCAAACCUGAUAACCCUGAUCUUCUUGCUACAGCUUCAUUUGAUGGCACAAUAAAAGUUUGGGACAUAAAUACUUUAUCAGCGGUUUAUACAUCUCCUGGUAAUGAGGGGGUUAUUUAUUCCAUAUCUUGGGCUCCAGGAAAUCUGAACUGCAUAGCGGGUGGAACAUCCAGAAAUGGUGGCUUUAUCUGGGAUGUUCGAAAAGGCAAAAUGAUAACCAGAUUCAGUGAGCAUGGAAAGAAUGGAAUCUUCUGCAUUGCCUGGAGUCAUAAAGAUUCCAAAAGAAUAGCAACCUGCAGCAGUGAUGGAUUUUGUAUUAUUCGAACCAUUGAUGGCAAUGUUCUUCACAAGUACAAGCAUCCAGCUGCAGUGUUUGGCUGUGAUUGGAGUCAAAACAACAAAGAUAUGAUAGCUACUGGUUGUGAAGAUAAAAAUGUUCGUGUUUACUACUUGGCAACCAGCUCUGAUCAACCACUGAAAGUUUUUACUGGGCAUACUGCAAAGGUGUUUCAUGUACGGUGGUCUCCUCUCAGAGAAGGAAUCCUCUGCAGUGGCUCUGAUGAUGGUACUGUUCGGAUAUGGGAUUAUACACAAGAUGCUUGUAUAAAUGUUCUUAGUGGACAUACAGCUCCAGUAAGGGGGCUGAUGUGGAAUCCUGAAAUUCCUUACCUUCUAAUAUCUGGCAGUUGGGACUAUACAAUUCGAGUCUGGGACACAAGAGAUGGAACAUGUUUGGACACAGUUUAUGAUCAUGGUGCAGAUGUAUAUGGAUUAACGUGUCAUCCUAGUCGUCCAUUUACUAUGGCAUCCUGCUCUCGUGACUCCACUGUGAGACUCUGGUCAUUGACACCUCUUAUAAACCCUCUACAAAUAAAUAUCAUAACAGACAGGUGUUGGGAUGAUAUUGUUGGCAAUACAGAUCGUGCUGUGGAGUCUGGAGCUUCUCCUUUGCUGUGUGGUAAAGUUUCCAGGGAUAUUAAACAAGAAUUGGAAAAAUUGUCAGGAAAUCCUCAAGGAAAAAAACUAAGGUGGUUUUCAGAAUUUUUUUCACCUCCAGGAGGCAGCAAAAAUUUAUGGGAUUUGGUUGCUGUAAUAAAAGGACAGGAUGACAGUUUGCUUCCACAAAACUACUGCAAAGGAAUUAUGCAUAUGAAACACCUUAUUAGAUUUAGACUGUCUAAGGCACAAGAACUGACAACAGUAAAGAUGUCUAAGUUUGGAGGUGGUAUUGGUGCACCAAGCAAAGAAGAAAGACUCAAAGAAGCUGCAGAAAUACAUUUAAGAUUAGGACAAAUUCAGCGAUAUUGUGAGCUAAUGGUAGAACUUGGAGAGUGGGACAAAGCUCUCUCAGUUGCACCUGGUGUAUCAAUGAAAUACUGGAGGAAGUUAAUGCAAAGGAGAGCUGAUCAGUUAAUUCAGGAAGAAAAUGAUGAUGUCAUCCCAUACUGUAUAGCUGUUGGAGAUGUGAAGAAACUGGUUUCUUUCUUUACUUCAAGAGGUCAACUUAAAGAGGCUCUACUUGUUGCACAGGCAGCUUGUGAAGGAAAUAUACAGAUGUUACCACUCUCCACAACAAGCGGAACUUCAAAUUCUGGUGGAAACAAUACAGAUGAUUAUAAUGAUCUCCUGCAGAAGGUCAGUAAAGAACUGGCAGAUUGGUAUUUCCAGGAUGGCCAUGCAGUGCUUGCAGCAUGUUGUCAUCUGGCUGUUGAAAAUAUAGAGCUUGCGAUGGCAAACCUGAUCCGUGGAAAUGAACUGGAGUUGGCAAUCAGUGUGGGUACUGUCUUGGGAGAGGGUGCAGCACAAGCAACACAUUAUGCCCUAGAAUUGCUAGCAAGAAAAUGUAUGGCAGAAUUAACAUGCUUCCCCUCACUUGGAUACAGGGAUUUAGCAGUUGAUCUUCUUAUGAUGAUUCCUGAUAAUAAACUGCAGUUAGUAAAACUAUGUGCUUUUUAUCCUGGAUGCAUAGCAGAAAUAAAUGACCUGCAUGAAAAGUGUAAUCUUCCUGAUGUGGAAGAAUGUAUGCAAGUGGCAGAGACAAUUCAGGCAGAUGGGGAUGUAUUUGAAACAAUAAAGUACUAUCUGUUAAGCACAGAACCUGAAAAGGCUCUCCCUGUUGGCAUUCAUUAUGUGAAAGAACAACUUUGUGGCUCAGACUGGACUUUAGAUUCAGUCUUUCCAUAUCUUGAUCUUCUAAGUUACAUACGGACUGAACAGUUAAUGUUGCCUAAGUGUAGUGAAUUUCGAAAUGAGUUGCUGAUUUUGUGUGGUUACAUUGGUGCAUUACUUGCUAUCAGAAGACAGUACAAUAGCAUUGUACCUGCACUGUAUGAGUAUACAAGUCAGCUUUUAAAAAGACGGGAAGUAUCAGUACCUUUGAGAAUUGAACAGCUUUCUGAGGAGUUAGAUGCAUGGAGAGCUUGCACACAAUCAAACAAGCCUACAGAUGAGUUGCCAUGCACCCCGCCCUCUGAAUCGCAGAGAGCGCUGUAUUCACUGCUCGUAUCGCGAAUUCAGGAGGAGCCUCUGAAAGGAAUGCUUGGGCCAGACUGUGUCACUGGAUCAAAUCUUCCUAGUCAUUCAGAUGUUCAUACCUCUUGUUUGACAGGGCUAAAGAUCCAGGGUCCUGUGUUCUUCCUUGAAGAUGGAAAAUCUGCUAUUUCCUUGAACGAUGCUUUGAUGUGGGCCAAAGUGAAUCCAUUUUCACCACUAGGAACAGGAAUACGACUUAACCCAUUUUGA